CGCCCCGCCGCCGCUCGCUGAGCGAUUUGUCCCGCUGCAGGGCGGGGAAGCGGCUGCGUUGCUGUACCCGGGCGGAGAGCGAGGCGGCGGGGAGUUUGGGAUGCCGCUGCUGAGUCGCUCCCUGCACAGCCUGACUCCGGAUCCGCCAGCCAGGUUCUGACCGGUGCCGGAACAGAAGUUAAAGAGCCAAGAGCUGCCCUCGGAGACGGGGCUGCAGAAUAAUUUGUCACCAUGACAACAGAGACGGGCCCAGACUCAGAGGUGAAGAAUGCCCAGGAGGAGCCCCCGCAGCAGCAGCUGGAGGCAGCAGCAACCAGCCCAACCACGGUGACCACUGGCUCUGGCCCAAUGGCCAACAACCGGGAAGCUGAGGCCAACGAGAAGCCCAGAGCCCAGGCUGACUCCAGAAGUGCGGAGCCGGGCAUGGAUUUGGAGGAGAAGGACUACAGCGAAACAGACGGUCUGUCUGAGAAAACCACGCCCAGCAAGACCCAGAAAUCCCCCCAGAAAAUUGCCAAGAAGCUCAAGAGCGCCACCUGCAGGGUGACCCUGCUCGACGCCUCUGAGUAUGAGUGUGAAGUGGAGAAACAUGCCCGGGGCCAGGUGCUCUUCGACAUGGUGUGUGAGCACCUCAACCUCCUGGAGAAGGAUUACUUCGGCCUGACGUUCUGCGAUUCCGACAGCCAGAAGAACUGGCUGGACCCUUCCAAGGAAAUCAAAAAGCAGAUCCGCAGUGGCCCCUGGAACUUUGCUUUCACUGUUAAAUUCUACCCACCUGACCCUGCCCAACUCACAGAGGACAUCACAAGAUACUACCUGUGUUUGCAGCUGCGGGCUGACAUCAUCACGGGCCGGCUGCCGUGCUCCUUUGUCACACACGCCCUGCUGGGCUCCUACGCCGUGCAGGCCGAGCUGGGAGACUAUGACGCUGAGGAGCAUGUCGGCAACUACGUCAGCGAGCUGCACUUUGCACCCAACCAGACCAGGGAGCUGGAGGAGCGCAUCAUGGAGCUGCACAAGACCUACAGGGGCAUGACACCAGGCGAAGCGGAGAUCCACUUCCUGGAGAAUGCCAAGAAGCUCUCAAUGUACGGAGUCGACCUGCACCACGCCAAGGAUUCAGAAGGCAUUGACAUCAUGCUGGGCGUCUGUGCCAACGGCCUGCUGAUCUACAGGGACAGGCUGAGGAUAAACCGCUUUGCCUGGCCCAAGAUCCUCAAGAUUUCCUACAAGAGGAGCAACUUCUACAUCAAAAUCCGCCCUGGCGAGUAUGAGCAGUUUGAGAGCACCAUUGGCUUCAAGCUGCCCAACCACCGCUCUGCCAAGAGGCUCUGGAAGGUCUGCAUUGAGCACCAUACCUUCUUCAGGCUGGUGUCCCCAGAGCCGCCCCCAAAGGGCUUCCUGGUGAUGGGCUCUAAGUUCCGCUACAGCGGGCGGACGCAGGCCCAGACCCGCCAGGCCAGUGCCCUGAUCGACCGGCCUGCGCCCUUCUUCGAGCGCUCCUCCAGCAAACGGUACACCAUGUCUCGCAGCCUCGAUGGAGAGUUCUCGCGCCCGGCCUCCGUCAGCGAGAACCACGACGGAGGGGCGGAGCCCGAGAGGCUGGACGAGGACAGCGAGUACAGCGGGUGGCGACGCUCCGAGGCAGAGGAUGAGGUUGAGGAAGUGACGACCCCGACAAAAAUCAAGGAGCUGAAGCCGGAGCAGGAAACCACCCCCAGGCACAAGCAGGAGUUUUUAGACAAACCAGAAGACGUUUUACUAAAGCACCAGGCCAGCAUCAAUGAGCUGAAGAGGACGUUGAAGGAGCCCAACAGCAAGCUGGUUCACAGGGACCGGGACAGGAGGCUGCCUUCAUCACCCGCCUCUUCCUCACCCAAGAAUGAAGAUGAGACACCAAAGGGGACCCCGGAGAAGGCCAGUGAGAGGAUUGAAGAGGAUUCGCUAGAGGAGUUAUCAGCCGAGCAUGGAGCUGCCUUAUCCAUGGAGUCUUUCACCCAGAAAAGCCUUGCCUCUUCUCCUGAGGGUUCAGAGCAUUGGGUAUUUGUAGAGAGAGAAACCUCUAGGCUGGAAGAGCUUGCUUUAGAGAAAGCUGUUGGAACCAAGAAAGAAGACAUACGUACAGGUCCUUCAGAGGAGCAAAUAAGUGUGAGCUUAUCAAAAGUGGACAUUGCAGUAGGGGAAGCCAAAAAAGCAGUAGCACAAGAGGAACCAGCAAGUGUGAAACUGGAUACCCAUGCAAGAGACAAAAUGUUUGCUAGUCCAGAGGAUUUUGAGUCUGUGUGGGAGGAUGAAGUAUCUGAGAGCGAAAUCAGAGAAGACCCCCUUUUGGAGGCAGAAAGCCAGCCAUCUGAGAAUGGCAAAGAGCAGAAGUCCAAGGAGGGAAAAGAAGAGGUGAUAACUAAUGAACUUGAGCAACCAGCUGGCUCUUUGGAAGAUCAAGCUGAGCAAAAUCAACAACUUGAAGAUUCCCAAGCAGAUGAAAGACCAAGGUCUGAGCCUUCUGGGCCAGAACCUCCAAAGAAAGAAAGGAAGGCUAUCAUGCAAGAGCCUGGGUCUGUCUCACCAGCUUCAGAUAAGGAAGAGUCCAUAAUACCAAGCCCAACCUCCGAGGGUGUUAAAGCUAGUGUGGAGUCUAAUGAUGACAAGACAAUAUCUUCUGCUGCAGAGAGGAUCUUUUACUUAAGAGCUACAGAAGGAGACAAAAAGGAGAGUAAAAUCCAUCUCAGACUGGAAGAGGAAGAAAAGCCUUGUUCUGCUGAAAAAGAGGGCCUGAAGCCCAAAACAGACCUUUCCAAUGAAAAAAGGAAGAGUCCUGAGCUUGAACCAGCAUCUGAUCCAACAGCUAUAAGGGGAAAGGACAAGUUCCAACCCACUUCCUCAGCAGGUGGCCAACCAAAAUCAGAGCUGGAUGAAUCAGUUGUAGAAUCAGACCAAGCUGAGAAGCUUAGCAAAAAGACACACCCCCUAGGACACUGUACUGCAGAGAAGGGGGCAUAUGCACCAGAGGAAGAGGAGUCUGCUGGGUCAAUAGACAGUGAAUCGACAGGUGGAACUGAAUCUGAGUCACGCUCUGCAGCAAAGGAAUCGAGAGACAAGGACCCACAAGAACUGAUGGCAGAAUUAAAGCUUGGUUCCCUCCCCAGGGAAGGUGGAGAGACUGAGCUCUCUCAAGAGCAGGGCAAGAGAUACAGUGCAGCACAAAGCUCCAUCCUGGCAGAAGGCCUGAAAGGGUCAGAAAAACAGGACAUGUGGAAAGGGGAAGCAACUUCCAAUGUGUCAGGGACUGGAAAAGAAACAACUGAGCUGGGAGAAAGAGAAAUGUCAAAAAUGAUUCUUCAGAUGGAAGCCAUAGAGAUUAAACCAACCCCCAUUAACCCCCUAUGGCAGCAUCCUCCCAGCACAACAGAAAGUCCAGAGGAAGAGAAAUUAAGCCAGCCCACUGCGGGCGAGCCGCCCCAGGACACAGGCCCCAAGGCGGGCGAGCUGCCCCGGGACGCAGGCCCCAAGGCGGGCGAGCCAUCCUGGGACACAAGCCCUGCUGAGGGUGAGCCGCCCCAGGACACCGGCCCCAAGGCUGGUGAGCCACCCCAGGACACCAGGCCUGCCGAGGGCAAGCCACCCCGGGACACAGGCCUCAAGGCAGGCAAGCCGCCCCAGGACACAGGCCCUGCUGAGGGUGAGCCGCCCCAGAGCACAGGCCCCGAGGCUGGCGAGCCGCCCCAGGACACCGGCCCCGCCGUGGGUGAGCAGCCCCAGGACACCGGCCCCGCCGUGGGUGAGCCACUCAGGGACACAGGCUCCAAGGUCGGUGAGCCUCCCCAGGACAUAAGCUUCAAGGCAGAUGAGCUACCCCAGGACAAAGGCCCUGCCACGGGCGAGCAACCACAGGAUAAACCUCCUUCAGAAGAAGAAACUGAAGCCUUCCCUACAGGCUCUCCUGUAAAAGGAUCACCUCAUGGGGACAAGGAGUUGUCACUGCCUGUUGUUGCCACAGCUGAAGGCGGGAAACCUACCAACUGGAAACAAAAGCCAGAGUCUGGGCCUUUGAAGUCAAUUGCAGGUGGGGUGAAAGUCCCAUCUCAGGAGCCUGAGGAGGCACCUGUGGAGCUGGCUUCACCCUCCCUCACCACUGGCUGGCAGGGCUCACUGGGACAUGACAGUGAGAUAUAUGAAAAAACCUCUGUGGCUUCUAAAAUUAAGCUGUUUGAACAAGGUGGCACUUGCGGCCCAGUCUCUGAUGAACGAAAAAGAGCAGCCCAAGAGCAGCCCCGAGAGAGUGAAACCAAGAGACCAUCUAAACCAACAGAGGUGCAGAUAGAGCCACCACGGGCCAUGGGCCUAGUCAUGUCUCCCACACCCUCGGUCACUUCAGAUGACAGAGCCAGGCAUGCUGGGGAAGUGUCUGGUGUGGGAUGCCUAAUCACUGCACAACGGGCAGCCACAGGAAAGUCUUCCCAGCCUCCGUCUUUGAAGGAAGGUGUUUCCACCGAUUCAGAGCACAGAGGAGAAGGCACCAGGCUUGCUUCCCCUGAUUCCGGCUGUGAAAUCACCCUGACAGAAGCUGUGAGCAAAUCUCAGGAACCAAUUUGGGAAGAAAAGGAUUUAUUUGACCCAUCAGUAAAAGCCGCCCCAAAAGAAGAGGUUUUAAGGACUGCUAUUCCAGUGGUCUCCCAGAGAGCGGGAGCGAGGGAGGGCGCAGAGGAGAAAGUGAAGCCACCUCGGCACAGGGCUCCUGAGAGCGACACUGGGGAUGAGGAGCAAGACCAGGAGAGGGAUUCAGCCUUUCUGAAGGACAACCAUCUGGCCAUCGAGCGAAAGUGCUCGAGCAUCACGGUCAGCUCAACCUCCAGCUUGGAAGCCGAGGUAGACUUCACUGUGAUCGGCGACUUCCACAGCACAGCCUUUGAAGACUUCUCCAGAAGUCUGCCUGAGCUCGAUAAAGACAUGAGUGAGAGGGAAGCUGAAGGUGCGAUUUCCUCCCAGGAUACUGACAAAGCAGCUCCUGGCCAAGAAGAAGAUGCCAAGGAAGGGGCGCAGGGCUCUCACCAUAUCCCAGAAGUGUCCCACUUUGAGUCAUCCGUUCUGAAAACAGAGGCUGUGACUGUCAGCUCGGUGACUGGCACGAAGAAAGCAGAACCAGAGGUCUCCGUACACCACAGAGUCACCACGGCGGAAACACAGGUCGACAGAGGCACUCUGGGCGGAAAAGAGACAACAGCCACGUCCCACAUCGUCACUACAGAAAGCAUAUCAGUGACCUCAGAUCACAGUACCAAGCCUGGGAAGGGAAUGAGCCCCGCUACUGAACUUCGCUCCAUGUCUCCGAUCACCAGCAGCUCUGCUGGGAAGGAAGUUCUCACCAGCAUAUUUGGUGCCACUGCCGAAACCCUCUCCACCUCCACCACUACCCAUGUUACCAAGACUGUGAAAGGAGGGUUUGCGGAGACCAGAAUAGAGAAACGGAUCAUUAUUACGGGAGAUGAAGAUGUGGAUCAAGACCAGGCAUUAGCUUUGGCAAUCAAAGAGGCAAAACUACAGCACCCUGACAUGCUGGUAACCAAAGCUGUGGUAUAUAGAGAAACAGAACCAUCUCCAGAGGAAAGGGACAAGAAACCUCAGGAAUCUUGACCGCCAUGUUCACAGAAGUUGGCAUCUCUGUUCAAACCCAACUUGGAGAACAAUGAAGAAGGGGCCUUCCUGCUGGAUUCCUCAACGAGACCUAGAUGUCCUGGUUGCAACGUUAAUGGCGAGAGACAAAAUUUUUUAAAAAAGGAAUAGCAAAUAUAA